GACACCGUCCGACGUCGUGUUCUUCUUCUUCUGCUGCUGCUGUCCACCUGUCCACAUGCGUUGGCGCCUUGAGCAUCUCAUCGCAUCUCUGCCGCCGAGUCCUCCUCCUUGAAACGCUGCCGUUGCUGCUCCCCUACAGCCUUCUCCCCUUGCUGCUCCGCCCACGCUUGCAGUCGCACCCGCCUCGCCUCGCCUCGCCUCGCUUCGCCCGAGCACGAGACCACGAGCGAACGAGUGCUACAGACACAGACAGAAUGACGAGCGCAAUAUCGAAACGCCAGCAGGCUCGCAAUGAGCGCAUGCUCCAGGACCUGCUGCGCAACGUACCUGGCAACGACAAAUGCGCCGACUGCGCUGCGAAGAACCCUGGCUGGGCCAGCUGGAACUUGGGCAUCUUCUUGUGCAUGCGAUGUGCUGCACUGCACCGAAAACUGGGCACGCACGUCUCCAAGGUCAAAUCGUUGUCAAUGGACACCUGGAGUGCCGAGCAAGUCGAGAACAUGAAAAAGGUGGGCAACGUCGCCAGUAACAAGACCUACAACCCUCAGAACGUGAGGGCGGAGAUGCCGAUUGACGUUGACGAGGUGGACUCGGCUAUUGAGAGAUUUAUACGGCAGAAGUAUGAUUCUCAGACGCUGAGCACGGGACGGGGACAUCCUGCUGCGAGACAGAAUACCGGGAGUACAGGCACAGAUCUCGGGUCGUGGAGUGAGGAGCCCCCUGAGCUGCCGCCAAAGCCUGCGAAGCGAUUUGGUUUUUCUCUGCGAUCCUCGAGUGCAGCUGUGUCCAAGCAGAGGCAGGAUCGCUUCACACCACCCCUUUCGCCCGCAUACAGUGGAGAUCGAAAUGAGUUCCCCAGCCCGAAGAGGAACAGUAGCAGCAGCAACCACAACAAGCCGAGUCAGUUGUUUGGGAUGAAGAUCACGACUAUGGACAACGUUUUCAACGCGAAGCUGGCUCAUAUACGCGACAUGGGCUUCCCCGACACGUCUAGGAACACUGAGAUCCUUAAGAGCACGGGUGGGAACGUGGACAAGGCUGUGGAAACGUUGGUGAGGCUGGGCGAGGGCACAAAACCCAUCUCAAGAUCAGUGACGCCAGGCCCCAGAGCCCUGACGCCCGUGUCAAUGGGUAGUUCUGGUGCUAAUGGCAUCACCAUUGAGAAGAAGUUCAGCAAUCCAUGGGAGGUGCGCGAGUCUACAAAACCACCACCAGCCGUGCCGGCGCGGGCGUCUUCGGUGCCUCCACAAUCGACGACAGCGUCCACAUCAUGGAAUCCGUUCUUGCAGCCACAAUCAGCUGUGCAGCCUCAAACACAGCUUGCGAACAGCUUUCAGAACAUCUCUCUCUCACAGCCUGCGACACAAGCCAAUUCGCCUUGGCAUACUGGUAACAAUGAAGUGGCCUAUCAACAGAACGGAAACAUGCUGCAGGCCAACAAUCCUUUCUUACCGCAACAACAACAACAUCAACAACAACAACAACAACAAAACCAGCAGGUCCCAUCUCCCUGGGACCAUCCAUCAGCUACAUAUCCGCCCCCUGCGCAGCAGGUACAAACCGUCUCACAACCAAAUUCUCAACUCGCGAACAACCCAUUCAUGCAGCAAUCGGCACCGCCACAAAACUCCGUGGCAAGCGACCCAUGGGCACAACAAGCUUCGCAGCAGCAGUCCUAUGUACCACAAGCAACAAACCCUUGGCAAAAUCAGAGCUUUACUCAGCAGGCACCAAUGGCAUCACCACAACCAAUGUACACUCAGCAAACGGACUUUUUUGGUCAAACGCAACAACAACAAGCACCACCACCACCACAACAGCAGCAGCAGCAGCCACCAUACACGCAGCCUGUAGCCUCAAAUCCAUGGGCGCAGAAGCUCGCUCAGCAGACAUCACAACAGCCAUACGCAUCACAAGAGCAGCAGCAAUUCCAGCAGCCGCAGCAACAACAGCAGCCAUGGCAAUACAAUUCUCAGCCUCUCGUUAAUGCUCAGUUCCAGCAGUCCAUUCGCCAGGACAAAUCGUCAAUACUGGCCUUGUACAACUAUCCUCAAAUGGCCCCACAACGACCACUCCAGACGCUGCCGGAGGAUGGCACCGCCCCUCAACAGAUGUACGAGCAAGCGCAGCAGGUGCCGCAACGGAGUGCCACCAUGCCGCCAAACCUGAUGAGUGGGAAUCCAUUUGGACAACAACAGCAGCAGCAGCAACAACAACAACAACAGGUGUCUCGGCAUGUGAGUAAUGAGAGCAAGGACUUUCAGGGCUUUUCUGGAGGUGGAAGGCAUAGUCCCGAUGCGUUCUCGGGGUUGGCUGCGAGGUACCAUUGAUGUUGUAUGGGUAGUAGACAAAAAAAAAGAGCAACAUGAGUGUUUUUGAGAUUCAUAUGAGUUGCCUUUUGAUGAGUUCAGCGAGGCGUUUCGGCGUUCGAGAGCUGCCACAAAUGUAAGAAAAUUCGGGUUGUCUGCGUGUGUAUGCCGGCAUUUUACUCGAUGGGAUUCAGACUCUCAAAGUCCAAGAGUCUGGACCAUUGGACACAAUUAUUAGAGUUGCGCAAAUCAAAUCGAAAAUCAAGGGCUCGAUAAUAUCUUCCGCGAACAUUUACUAGUCUCCGCACUGGUGAAGCCAAUGGGAAGUAUUCGUUCUCUAGGUGCGCUGAGGUAAGAUUUGAAAAAAGGGCGUGUCUUUUGUCUGUUUUACUCUUACCUAACUUCACCUCACCUCACUUCACCUGACUUUACAGUCCUUACCUAAG